CUUAGACUGUUGGUUGGUUAUACGUAUUUACCGCUGACGUCAAUGAUAAGUAUUUACACACCUACAACAUAAACGAAGAAGGUCUGGGAAGCCCAGGAAUCUCGGGAAAUGAUGAUCAACAUCGGCUGUAUGUAGCCUUUCAGUCACUGACUUAGAAGAGGGUACACUUUAUUGACUGCUGAAGAAGCACUACCUUGGUACUUCACUAAAAGUCAGAGUUUCCUAGAACUUCACGAAGGAUAAAUUACUAAACUUUUUACAUUUAUAUAUUUGCUUGAGAUGGCAACUGUAUGCACACCCAUGGACACAAGUGGAUUACUUGCAUAGGCCCUUUGGUCAUUGUGCCACAGCUGUCUUGGAAUUAUCAACCUAAUUCAACAACUACCAGUACGGAUUUGCAUAGUUGUACUAAACAUAGUAAGGUUCGACUUAUACCUUUGACUUAUAAGCCUAAUUUAACAGCUACCAGUACGGAUUUGCAUCGUACUUGUGGCAAUUAUAGUAAGGUUCGAUUGAAAGCUGUGAGUUAUAAGCAUAAUUUAACAGCUACCAAUACAGAUUUGCUCCGAACUUGUGGCAAACAUAGAAAGGUUCGACUGAAGGGAUCAUAUUUUGGUCAGUCAACACAAGCUGAAAUUGUCAAGACUGUUCUGCGUUGAAGUAUAUACUGCAACUGAUGAUUGUUAACUAAAAAGCUAUUUUAGUAUAACCUACACUGGCGAUGGCAAUUGCAAUGUCGUUAGAGCAAGACUAUUUCCCUCGUCUCAUCAGGGGUCCUGCUUUCACGCCAGGUGAAGACAUGAGGUUUGAGGCACUCGCGUCUUAAAACAUAUGAACACUGGUUGGCAAAUGACCGUGCUAGUCCAAUCAGGUUGGCCAGAGCUGGGUUCAUUUUCACUGGGAAUGAAGAUGUUGUGAAAUGUUUUUCUUGUGAUCUGGUUAAAGGAGACUGGAACAAGAACAUGGAUCCGUUGAUAAUACACAGAGAGCUGAGCCCAGCAUGUAGCUUUUGUCAAGGCCUGGCUGGAGUUAAUGUUCCAGUCUAUGUCCCAGAACCAGCUGUCUAUCAGGAGAUCCUGAGCACCCUCCACAGACAAUUCUGUGGCACCAACUCGACAGCGAUCACCAGCAGCAACAUCUCUCAUCAACUCCAAGACAAUCCAGAUUUUUCCAGCGCCACCUUCAGGCAGAAUCAGCCAACAUCAACUCAGACGAACUUCCCUGUUGUUGCUACAGACUCUGGUGCAGCAGAAACGAGUCGCCAGGCUAUUGGGACGGCUGGAGGACUUGGGCUUGGACAUGAUUCCGAAGCUACUCCGACCAGAGAGGAAUUUGCACCCAUGAAGGAGGAAACCAACCGUUUCUCCAGCUUUGAUGCCAACUGGCCAAGACAGAACACCCCAGACCCCAGAGAUCUGGCCCGAGCUGGAUUCUACUUUACAGGGACCGUUGAUCGCGUACAAUGUGUGUUCUGUAGAGGAAUCCUUCGCAACUGGGAUGAGGACGAUGUCCCAAUGGAGGAACAUCGGAGACACUUUCCUAUGUGCCCAUUUGUCAUGGGUUUGAAUGUUGGAAAUGUCCCAGACCCUGCGUCUAUCAUAUCUGCCAAUAGAUCAUCUGAGUUCAUGAACGUGACCCAGCCAGCUGCUGUUGUCAGUGAUGCCAGCUUGGGGAUUGUCACUGAUCGUCCCAGACAUCCACAAUAUGCAGUGGAAGCUUCCCGAGUCAGCUCCUUCCGAAACUGGCCCAGUGGAAAGGAACAGACUCCCGAGAUGUUGGCAAAGGCUGGCUUCUUUUAUGCAGGUUUUGGUGACAGCGUGAAAUGCUUCUUCUGUGAUGGUGGUUUGCGCACCUGGGAACGAGGCGAUGACCCCUGGGCUGAGCAUGCCAGAUGGUUUCCUCGCUGUCCAUACGUGCGACAGGUCAAGGGCGAGAGCUUCAUCCAGACAGCUCUAGGUGGACGAGAGCCAUCAGCUGGUUCUGCAGGGGACAACACUGCCUCGAAUACAGGCAGAGACAAUAAAAUGGACAGCAGCACAGCUGUGCGGACCUUAGACCCGCGAGAGUUGUCUGCCCGGAUGGACAGUCCCAUGGUGCAGGCAGUGCUGAAGAUGGACAUUCCCCGAGACAGAGUGGCCAAAGCCAUACAGAACAGACUGCAGGAGACAGGUGAUGACUUCACCAGUGUGGAGAACCUGAUGGAGGCCAUAUUUGCUCUGCCGGACACAGACCCAGCUCCGACGGAUAUGGCAGCACAAACAGCUUCCAAGUCUGCAGGGAGUGUUGCCCGCUCUCAAGGAGACAAACAGAUGGCAGACAAAGAUCUUGAUAUUGGUGAGAAGGGAGAAGACUCUGAGGAGAGAGCUAUGGACGACUCCAGUGAUGAAGAUUCACAAUCGCUCAUGGAGGAAAAUCGUCAAUUGAAAGAACAACGUCAAUGCAAAAUAUGCAUGGAUGAAGAAGUGAACGUAGUGUUCCUCCCGUGCGGGCACUUAGUCUGCUGUGCCACAUGUGCCCCUGCCUUGAGGAAGUGCCCCAUUUGCAGGGCAAACAUCCGGGGCACCGUCCGUACCUUCAUGUCGUGAUGAAGGCCUACAAUGACCAUAUUCUGUGUGAUAGUGAAGCUUGGUCAACUCUGUAUAUACAUUACUCAACAAGGGCUUGUAACACAAUACAAUUGCUGCUAGAUGAUUAUGGUCAGAACCAGUGUCAGUUAUGAGUAAAAGGACAGAACUGACAACGGUUGUGAGCAUACAUGUUGUUCUUGCUAAAUUUGGCAAUAUCAGCCCUUGUGCAUUACACAGUACACAAGCUGUUUGACAUUGCUGCUGCUCACGUGAAUACACAAACACUUUAAAUAGAGCAUUUGUAAUAUGUUGUAUACAUCAGUAACCUGUUGUUGUCUUGUUUAUCAUAAAGGAAGUUGACAUACCUCACUGUUACACAGAAUAUGGUAAUAAUUGGUGAUAUUCUCUGUCUGUCAAAUUCUAUUCCUGUUCUUAAUAGCUUUGCUGUGUAUAUACCUGUAGCAUUAAAAGGCUUCAUUGAAA